GAUCCGGGGCGCUGCGGGGCUCUGCCCUUCGCGGCUGCGGACGCCCCUUCCCGGGGGCCGGCCUGAGCCCGGGGCCGGGAGCGCUGCCGGGCCGCUCAUCCCGCGAGGGCUCGGGAAGCCCCGGCGCCGGCGCGGCCCCGCGGCGCAGGCCGGAACGCCGGGCGCGGGCGGCGGUUUCCGCGCGGCCGGUGUCCCCGCGGCGCGGCUCGGCGCGGCCCGGCAUGGCGGCGGAGGGGAGGGACCCGCUGGGCUACUUCGCGGCCUACGGCAGCGGCAGCUCCAGCUCCAGCUCCGACUCGGAGGGCGACGAGCCCGGCGGCGGGGAGCGCCAGGCGGGGGGCGGCGGCGCGGCGGCGGGGGGCAGCCCGGGCCGCCGGCCGCGCCUGCCGCCGCCCGACGAGCUCUUCCGGCGGGUGUCGCAGCCGCCCGCCUUCCUCUACAACCCGCUCAACAAGCAGAUCGACUGGGAGAGCCGCGUCCUCCGCGCCCCCGAGGAGCCCCCCAAGGAGUUCAAGGCGUGGAAGAACAGCGCGGUGCCGCCGCCGGCCGCGUACGGCCUGCCCGAGAGGAGGCCGCCGCCGCCGCCCGCCCUCGACAUGGCCAUCAAGUGGUCCAACAUGUACGAGGACAACGGCGACGACGCGCCGCGGCCCGGCGGGCGCGCCCGCUUCCUGCCCGACGACGAGCAGCGGCGCCUGGAGCCAGAUGAUGAAAAAGAUGAUGAGCCAGCUUCUGCUAAGAAACGUAAGCUAGACUCUGGGGAGCAGACAAAGAGGAAGAAGCUAUAAGCAGGGCAUGCUGCGUUUGGCCAAAAUGAGAGUUUCAGUGAACUUGGAUUCCGCUGCUGGAAUGGGAGACAAAUACAUGUUUACCACAUUUCUCUCUCCUGUUGGGUAGGGAAUUUUAUUUCUGUAGUAUGCUUGCUUUUUGGAAAGCACAAAAUUAAAUGGACAGUGUUGUGAUAGAACCUGGUCUACUGAAAAAAAACCUUAAACUUGUUUAUUUAAAAAAGGUCUCUUAAAACAUUGCGAUGGAUACUUGUGCUCAUGCAGGUUAUAGGGCUUCGUGGUAUUUUCUUUAUCAACAAACCUGGUAACUUGUGGUAUGAGCUUUUCUUGACUGACUUUCCCAUUGUGUCAAACCUUUUAUAAAGGAGCAUAUAAUAAAAAUUCUUUAAGUAUUGUACUGUGAUAUGUUUGAAUAAUGCUGUUUUGAAAUUUAUGUAAAGACUGUAGAUACAUCACUGGAAUAAAAUUACAUUUGAAAACA